UUGUUCUGUGGAUGACAAGCCUGGCCUGAAAAAAAUGAUGCUGGAAAUGCCGGAGAAAAGAUGGAAGGAUGACCAGGCUAAAUAUGGGCAUGUUGCAGUCAUGUUAGAUUCCAUGGCCAUAAGAAAACAUGUGCAAUAUAAUCCGCACAACCAGUCAAUGUCUGGUUUUGUAGACUUGGGUGAUGGAAACAAUGAGACUGAUGUUGCUACUGAGGCGCUUGUGUUCCUGGUGGUUGGCCUUCAAGGACAUUGGAAGGCUCCCAUUGCAUAUUACCUGACGAAGACUCUGUCUCCAGACACACAAAGGGUCCUUCUCACUCAUGCUUUGGAGGAGCUGCAUGCAUGGGGUAUUCAGGCGGUAUGUGUCACAAUGGAUGGCCAUGCUACAAACAUCAGCAUGUGCAAUCAACUUGGUUAUGAGCUGAGGGGUAACCCACAAGAACCACUUAAAACCAGUUUCCCACAUCCGUCGACUGGUGACCAAGUAUUUAUAAUGAUGGACGCAUGCCACAUGCUGAAGUUGGCACGUAAUAUGUUGUAGGUAAAUUAUUAUUGUUGUAUACCUAUUUGUACAAGUUAUGUUAUUUUUGUGUGCACAUUUAUUACUGGAUGUGAAGAUCAAAAUUGUGCUGUUUGUACUUGUUUGAGCAGUGACCAAUUCUUUCUCUGCAGUCAUACAGUCCGAUUGCCUCUACCUGUGGACAGAUAAAUUGGAGAUACAUUGAUCAGCUCAAUGAUGUGCAAAAAAAAGAUGGACUGCAUGCUGCAAAUAAAAUUACAGACAAGCAUGUCCACUUUGAGAACCAGAAGAUGAAGGUUUCCCUAGCCGCACAAACACUGAGUCGCUCAGUGUCAGUGGCUCUCCGCACAAUGCGAGAUCUUGGGUACUCUCAAUUAAGAGACUGUGAGGCAACAGCAGAUUUCAUCGAGGUAAUUCCCUAAUAAUUCUGAUUGCAUCAUAGGUUUUUUUCAUAAACAUAAGGUUUUUCGAUAUUUAACUGACAUGACAUUUAUAUGCCACUAUUUUUUUUAUAGAUGAUUGACAGUCUCUUUGAUAUUAUGAAUGGACGCAAUCCUCGUGCCAAAGAUUUCAAAGCUCCUUUCGGUGCUUUGAAUUUGAUAGAGAGGAAAGCAUUUUUGUCAAGAGCCAGAGAGCACUUGCUCACUUUGGCGACAAAAAAUGGAACACCCCUCCACCGCUCAAAGAAGUGUAUUAAAAAAGAGCAUUAAAGUUGAAAGUUCGAGAAAGUUACUGCAUGAGUUCAUUGAAACAGUUCCAGUUUUUGUUCCAUGCAUCAAGUUCAUAAGAUGCCUCAUUCUCUAUCAGGUUCAUAUGAUACAGUGCAUUUUCUUUUUGUUUUGUCUGCCAACAUGACGCUCUUUAAUUACAAUGUUUUUCUGUGUCCAGCUGUAUUUGUCAAAAUUAACGUGUAUUCAGUGUUUUUCAGGUCCCAGAUGCAUAUAUAUCAAUUUUUUCCCCCCAACAUUAAGAUUUGUCUGUGUCAGAAAGAGAGCUUGCAUGUAGGAGGGAUGUUGUUGUUUUCUGCCGCUUAUCCUGGUCCGGGUCGCAGGGCCAGCAGCUUCAGGAAGAAGGCCCAGAUCUCGUGUUCCCAAGCCAGGCGAGAGAUAUAAUCUCUCCACCUGGUCCUGGAUCGGCCAAGAGGCCUCCUCCCGGUCGGACAUGUCUGGAACACCUCUAACAGGAGGUAUCCAGAAGGCAUCCUGACCAGAUGCCAGGGCCACCUCAGCUGACUCUGGUCAAAAAAAAAAAAAUUCUGUUCUGGUUAAAAUUUAAAUCUGCAGUUUUGUUUUCAUCUGAAUUGUCUUGUAUUAAGUGUGUUGCAGGUCCUAGAUGCUUCUAAAUGGGUAUGUAUUACACAACAUCAUGUACAUGUAAGUCAAAAUGGUAAGUAUUGCAUGUGUUCGUGCAUGUGUUCUUGUUCUCAAGUUUUUAUCUGCUCUGGUAGCUGCUUUUCCUUCUCUGAGUUUGCACCCAAGAAAUGCAACUUUUUGUCUGCCAUUGAAUUUGUCAUUAACAUCGACACAUUGAUGGUAAUGAUUCCAGAGCUCCUCCAAGUUCAGCGGUAUGUUCUAACAUACAGAUUUAGCCACGAUCACUUGGAGCUCCUGUUUAAUUCCAUCAGAGCAUCGGGUGGCUGGAAUAAUAACCCCUCUGCGAGCCAGUUCCAGGCCAUUUUCCGCCGCUUGAUGGUUCGAUGUGGUGUGUCACCCAGUGAGACUGGCAAUGUUGCAGCCCAAGAUCAGACUGUGUCCCUAGCUGCAGUAGAGAUGUCCUCUCCAGAAACAGCUGAAGAACAUCCAUCUCCAUUUGCAAACAUUUCGGCCGUUGUGACAGAUCACAGUUACCUGCCCACUCGGUUCGGGGAGCUGGUAGAAAAUGCCCUUGUCUACAUCGCAGGAUUUGUGGUCCGGCAGAUUCUGCAAAAGCUGUCCUGCGAUAUAUGCCAUGCUAGCUUGGUCAGAGAUGCUGUACUGUCAUCAUUUGAUGAAAACUACCACCUGCUGACACUGAAAAACCGUGGUGGCCUUGUGAUUCCAUCACAAGGUACUAUGAAGGUGUUGAGAGCUGCAGAGAGGGUCAUCCGGCAAGCAUCAACAAGGCAGGCACCAAAGUUGUCAACAGUCACCUACAUUGUCCGGGAGGAGGUUGGAACAGAGGACGUUUUUCAUCUUAGGGAACACAUUGAGGAGCAACAGUUUGGCAUCGACAACCACCAUUUUACACUGUUGUCAUUAGUUGUGUCUGUGUUUCUGAAGAUAAGGCUGCAGCACAAGGCAAAACUCACCUCUCUGGAGCUGCAGAAAGGGAGCACAAGGAAAAAAACACCAAAACUGUCCUCUUUCAAGGCUUUUAGGGCCUGAGCAAAUGGAUGUAAAUAUGUAGUUUAGGUGCUGAUUGUGUCAUGUACAAAAAUAAUAGUUUUGGCGUUACAGUACUUGUUUGUUCACAGUGUAUAUGACAACAAAUUGAAUAUCAUCUCAUCUGUUCUUGUGUUUAACUUGAAAGUGUGAAAUUUUUUGAUAUGUAGGCAAUAUAUUUGUGUGUAUUUCUUCAUUUUUCCAAUUAUUAAAAUAGACAGUCUCCUUCUA